AUGGCUCGUUCCUCCAGAUUCCUAUCCACCGUCGUCAACUCCCCCUCAACCGACACGUCAGUAGCAGAACCUCCUGAAGCAGUCACCAUGGAGUCCGACUUCGUCGUCAUACUCGCUGCUCUCCUCUGCGCUCUCAUUUGCGUCGUAGGCCUAAUCCUGGUAGCUCGAUGCGCAUGGCUUCGCCGCGGAUCUAUCGCCACCGGUCGUCGGAUCGCCGGACAGACGUCUGCAAAUAAAGGAAUUAAGAAGAAGUUCGUUGAUGCGCUUCCAAAAUUCUCGUAUGAUUCUGAUUCGGUUAAGGAACACAAUUUCUCCGCCGUUGAGUGCGCUAUCUGCCUGGCGGAGUACGCAGUCGGAGAUGAGAUCCGAUUGCUGCCGCAGUGUGGUCACGGAUUUCACGUCGGAUGUAUUGAUGUGUGGCUCGGUUCUCACUCCUCGUGUCCUUCGUGUAGAGAGAUAUUAGUUAUCACGAGAUGCCGGAAAUGUGGUGAUUUCCCGACGGAUUCCGUCGGACAAAUUGCUCCGGCGGCGGAGGUUAAAGGUAGGCAAAUCAAUAUUGGUUCUAGUUCGAAUGAGUUUUUACCGUGA